AUGGAAGCUUCUCCCUCUUCACAGCAAUCCAAUGUCACUUCAUAUGGGGCCACAACUGUGGCCAUCAUCACCCUGGAGGCGUUUCCUGGCAUGUGGAUAAAUGCCUUCCUUGUUUGUGUGCUUUGCAUUGCCUGGGUAAAAAAGAAAACCCUGAACUCUAAUGAGAAGAUCUUGCUGCUGCUGGGAUGCUCCAGGUUUUGCUAUUUGUGCAUCGCAUGGGUAUAUAAAUUUCUUUCAUUUAUUUAUCCCAAUUACCUUUAUGUUCCCACCAUACUUCAACUAGCUGUAUUUUCUCAAGCCUUUUUUAAUCAUUGUAACUUAUGGUUUUCUGCCUGUCUUUGUGUUUUUUAUUGUAUAAAAAUUGCCAAUUUCAGGAACAGGCCCUUCAUCUAUCUGAAAGUAAAAAUUGACAGGAUGGUGCCCUUGCUCUUGUUGGGGUCAGGGACUUUAGCUUUGGCCGUCGGCAUCAUUGCCUAUGACGUCGCUGAUAAACCACACUGCAACAACAGCAGUUCCAUUGGACAAGGAAAUUUUGGGACAGCAACUAUCAAAAUGGAUAAACGUUUUUUCCCUUCUUUUUUUCUUGCUGGCUUUGAAUAUGCUGCUUCAUUCAUGACAGUCAUCUUUUCUGCUGUUUUCCUUCUCUUUUCUCUCUGGAGACACAAGCACAAGAUGCAGACAAACUCCAUGAAGGACCUCAGCAUGGAUGCCCACAUUAGAGCCAUGAAAUCUAUUCUCGCCUUCUUAGUGAUGUACAGCAUCAACUUUGUAUGUUUGGUGUUAAGUAUGGUUUAUGCCACAAAGAAGGGAAAUUUUAUGACAUUUCUCAUUGUAGUAUUUGAGUACACUUUUCCGGGUCUUCACUCCCUUAUUCUGGUUUUUAGCAAUCCCAAAUUAGAAAAGACACUACUAAAGUUUCUUCCCUUAGAAAGAAGUGUAAAGUGCAACGUUUGCAUGAGUUAG